GUUAUUUUGUCGGUAUCAAUUUUUCUCAUAUUUUAAUUGAAAAGAAAAAACAAGUAGCCAAUGAUUUGAGUUAAUGUGGCAAAAUGAAUGUCAGCUGAACAGAACGGCUUUUUUUCGUAGAUGACUCGGUUCAACCAUGCAGAGGCUAUAAAUGAACUUCAAGAACUAAGAACCACAAACGAACGCUGUUGUGAGAGAGUAGUUAGUUUGGCUCAGAGAAUAAUUGACGACAAUUAUAUUUCAACAUUAGGAGAUCAAGUUUGGCCCUUUUAUGAACAAGCAGCUAUAGCAGCCCUUGAUGCUCAAAACUUUACACUUGCCAAUCAUCGAUUCACUGAAAAGUCACUUCGAUUCCGUCGAUUGUUGGGCAUGCGAUAUGAAGCUCAAGGUUUAUUGGAUGAGGCACAAGAAGUUUAUGAUAGCAUCUUGAAAGAAGAUGAGACCAACUUGCUUGCUUCAAAGCGUCAAAUCGCACUGUUAAAGGCGAGGCGUAAAGACCAUGAACUGAUGGAGGCAUUGACAGCAUAUUUAGAUACUUAUUAUGAUGACUGUGAAGCAUGGCUCGAAUUAUGUGAGACAUAUGCAUCCAAGUACAUGUACGAGCAAGCUGCCUUUUGCUGCCAAGAAAUGAUCCUCCUUCAACCUUCAAAUCAUAUCUUUUAUUUGAAAUAUGCUGAAAUUUGUUAUACAAUGAAUCAAUAUGAAAUGGCAUUAAAGUAUUACUGUAAAGUACUCGAACUGUGUACGGAUCAUGUCAGAGCUCUCUAUGGCUUACAUUUGGUAAGUUCACAAAAGAAAAACGCCAACGUGUUACUCAAUCGAUUCUAG